AUGUCCGACACCGAAGACGACCCCGUUGUGGCCUCCUACGACGUCUUCCUCACGGACUCGGAUGUCUCGCGCUAUGUCUUCCAGUAUCUUGAUCGACAUGUCGACCUCCCCUACAAUGAAAGCAACAACCAAUGUCCGAUUUCGCUGAAGAUGAAGCCCAAUACUGGGCUCGUCGAAGUCGAGGUCCCCAUCAGCACCCGGUCAAACUAUGACGUGAAUAAAGGCAUGCGCUUCGGCGAAGCAGUCAAGAAGAGCCGGUCUGCACGGGACGGUGGCUCCUAUGGAAUGUCCGGCGGCUUUACCGCUGGAAGCGGUGCUGUCGGCACCGGAGGAAGAAUGAAAACAGAUGCCAACGGCGACGUGGAAAUUUUGGACAAUAAGAGGGUAGUGGAUUCGAAUGCCUUGAUGCGAACGCAGGCACUUGCUGGUCGAGUAAAGCCCGCAGAGGAAGGAGACCCAGUCUAUAUGCUGGGAACAUUCAAAGAUAAAAACUUGCACCUCUCCCCCAUUUCCUCGGUCAUCCAAUUCCACCCUCAGCUUCACCAUUUGGAUGCGCUAGAUGAAAUGCCAAAGGCCAAGGGCCGCGGCAAAAAGGAUGACGACGAGCGUCCUGUCCCAGAGACCGAGGCACGCGCAAUCGAUAUGAAGGUCAAAGCUGCCGAAGAUGGCGAAACCACCCAUGUCGGAGGUAAUUUGGAUAUUCUGAAGCAAAUGCAAGAAGAAAAGUGGAAAACAUAUGGCUGGGUUGAUGCUGAGACGGAGGACUCAUGGUACACAUACGAAAGCUUCAUGCUUCACCCGGAGGAGGGGGAACCUCAGUCCCUGGAAGCCAAUAUCGACUCGGAAGAGUAUCUUGAUAAAAUGAGCGCUCCCAGAAUUGAUCCGGCACGUCCUGAUCUGACAGGCUGGGCAAUGAAAGAGAAUCGACGGAGGCAGAGAGAAGCCCAAGGACAAAAUGGAGACCAAUGA